UUGUUUGAAUGUGAUGCGACAAACUUGUUUACCUUGAUUUUGGUUCCAUUUAGGAACAAACAGUGCAAGUCGAUCUGACAGGUUUUUCAAAUAUUUCUCCAAAAAGUGUAUCAGAAGAGGAUUUUGAUUGAGAUUCCAGGAGACAGCAGGAGAAAACUUCGCUGCUCAGCGAAAACAGCGUUUUCUACUUGGGCCUGGUGCUAUACAUCACCAUUAGAGAUACGGAAAGCGACACAAUGCAGCUGAAAUCACAUCUAGAAUUAGUGACUGGCCCAUUAGAUCGUGCUCUAGUCGGAAAGGCACCGUGGCAAAUUGUGGCCAUUACGACAACCACCGUUCUCAGCGCUGUUUGGCUAUGGGAGCUGCUUAGUGAAGACGAAAGUCUCUAUUCACGACUCCGGCGUCGCUUCUUCAAACUUACUCGAAAGCUACCGGCCGUGCAGCGGAAAAUUGAUGCAGAAAUUACCAAAAUUAACGACAACUUCGUACGAGAGGCUUCCCAGUACGGAAAGUUUACCACCGUUCUGCCGGAGAACGGCCUGAAACACGAGCAGAUAUUGCAGAAGGUCGACGACUAUUUAUCGCUUGGUCACUACAAGUGGAAGGAGGGCUUUAUUUCUGGUGCCGUCUACUACUACAAUCCUGAGCUGGUGAAACUAGUAACCGAUGUUUACGGGAAAGCUUCCUACACCAACCCGCUUCACGUGGAUGUUUUCCCUGGGGUCUGCAAAAUGGAAGCAGAAGUGGUUCGAAUGACGGCCACCCUGUUUGGUGGAGGGAAAAAUGCCUGUGGAACGAUGACCACUGGAGGGACGGAAUCAAUCAUGAUGGCUUGUAAGGCCUAUCGGGAUUAUGGACGAAACGUAAAGGGAAUUACGCGGCCCAAUAUUGUGCUGCCCAAAACGGCACAUACGGCGUUCGAUAAGUCAGCAAAAUACUUUCAAAUGUACACCAAAACAGUUCCGGUGAACCCAGAAACCACCGAAGUAGAUAUUAAGGCAAUGGAACGGGCCAUCAACCACAAUACGGUAAUGCUUGUCGGUUCCGCUCCGAAUUAUCCGUAUGGUACUAUGGAUGAUAUUGUGGCGAUUGCAAAACUGGGCAAGAAGUAUAAUAUUCCCGUUCACGUGGAUGCUUGCUUAGGAGGUUUCCUGAUAAUUUUCAUGAAACGUGCUGGAUAUCCGAUCAGACCAUUCGAUUUCAGCGUGGACGGAGUCACCAGUAUUUCGGCGGAUACGCAUAAGUACGGUUUCACACCGAAAGGAUCUUCGGUUAUUCUGUAUUCGGAUAAAAUUAAUCGGCAUCAUCAGUACACAGUAACGACGGAAUGGCCCGGCGGCGUGUACGGUUCACCAACUGUGAACGGAUCUCGCGCGGGAGGUAUUAUUGCCGCUACUUGGGCAACGAUGAUGAACUUCGGACUGGACGGUUAUGUGGAAACGACCAAACGAAUUAUCGACACCGCUCGAUAUAUCGAACAACAGCUUCGUAAUAUCUCCCACAUAUAUCUGUUUGGAAACCCAGCAACUAGCGUGAUAGCUAUUGGCUCCAAGGAUUUCGACAUCUACCGUCUAUCGUCUGAGCUGAACGCUGUGGGAUGGAAUUUGAACAGCCUGCAGUUCCCCUCCGGAAUUCAUAUCUGCGUGACUUAUAUGCACACUCAGGAUGGUAUAGCGGAUAAAUUUGUUAAUGACGUCCGAAGUAAGGUGGCACUCAUUAUGCAGAAUCCCGAAAAACCGGUGGAAGGUAAGAUGGCUAUCUACGGAGUGGCCCAGGCGGUACCGGAUCGAGAGGUAGUUGGCGAUUUCACCAAGUGUUUCAUCGAUUCGAUGUACUAUACGGUGGAGGACAAUGAGUGAUUUUGGGCGGUAAGUUAACUCAAUAUACGACUGAAGAGAGAAAAUAUAUACACUCGUUAACAGUAA